AGCGCCAUAUUUGAUCAGGAAAAGAUAUGAUGCCAUCAAAAUAGUUGUGUUGAGAACUAAUGCAUUAGAAAGUGGUAUCCAAUAAGAGUGUUAUGAUUAUGAAUGCCACUUAGUCUAUAUAAAAGAAAAAAGAAAGAUAAACCAUGGGCCGAAAUGACCGGAUGACCAUUAAGCAGUAUGGACGGCAUCGCCAGCGUGUUGUUUUGGCCGACAACUGGUCAGGGUCAGACAGCAAGGAGGAUGUUUUCAGCUGCAGUUCGAACUCUGCCUCGGACUCGAUGAAUUCCAACACCAGCUCUUACAUGCAAACAAGGAGUAGAAACUAUUGUGACACCAGCUCAGACAAGCAGACACGAAGUAGAAACUAUUGUGACACCAGCUCAGACAGGCAGACACGGAACAGAAACAAACAGCUUACCGCAUCAGUGCCUAAGAAUUCAAAAAAACAGUCUCGCAACCGAGGUGUCGACAAAGAAAACCAAUGUGUGAAACAGUUCAAAGGAAAAGGCAAACGAGAAAAACGCAAAUGUACCGGCAUGUUAUCUUUGUCAGAGGAUAGUUGUGCAAGUACCGGCAGUGAAAAAACAUCUACAUUAUCAAGAAGAAAAUGUCUGAAAACAUGCAAUGGUCAACAGAUGAUACAGUCGCUACAGUCUCCAAGCGCUUUAAAAGAUAGUGUGAAUUUCAGUGAAUUUGAUGAAUAUAGUCUGCUGGUUGAGUUGGGAACAUCGAAUCAUGAAGGACGUAACCAGUCGAAAAGAGCAAGCAAGUCUUCUGUUGAAACCAGCACACCGUGCAGAAAAAGUAGACCUAUGAUAAAUAGUACAGAAAUCAAGGACGUCAAUAUUUCUGUGAUCGACUAUGUGGAGAGUCCUCUUGCAAGCAGUCAGGUUGACAUUGUACCCGGUGAAGUGUUGUCUCCGGUAUCGGCUCUCUGGGGUGUGUCUGAAAUCAUUUCCAGUCUGUCAAACCAGUCGGUUUUUAUUACUGGGAACUCCGACAUUAGUCUCCAUCAGUCUGAUGCUUCCAGGGAAAGUGUAGUAGACGGUUUUGAAAAACAGAUGCCUAAGUUGUUAACACCGCCAGAGAUUAGGCCGAGAAGCGUUAGUCCUGCGGAUCGCUUUCAGGAGUCUCAGGAUCUAUUCGACAGUCUGGUGUUUCACAGCACAGACUCGAAGCCAGUGACCAGUCCGCUCACCUGUGUGGUUCACCUUCAGAAGCUCAAAGACAGGUUCAUGUAUGACAUGACUAAUCAAAGAAAUAACAACAUACCGAUUGUGCGGUCAAGGAACGGAGACUCUGCCGAUGGAAGUGAUCGUGGAGCAUAUGACUGCGAUCGCGGUGUUUCUGUCGAUGAAGGGGUUGUCGAGCUGGAAGAAGAAGAAGAGGAGGUGGGGUCAUCAGAGUCCACAGAUGAGGACAAUGAAGAUUUCGACCUCAGUGAUAUAGAAGAAGAUGAAGAGGAAGACGACUCUGAGUAUGUCAAUUCUGAGGAAGAUGCAGACAAUUCGUCCCCCGCUCGGGGAGACGAGGAGAGUCUGUACAUGCUGACUGACAACUUCGUAGCGGAGGAGUGGAUCAACGAGAGGACGCCCCAGGAUGAAAUGAGUCUGAUGGAGCUGUCCAUGGCUCACCUGUCCUUACAGCGAGAAGCUUCGUACCAAACGGUCAAUUCCGUGAGCGAGUAUGAGAUGUCGACAUCGCAGAUUGUGACGGCAAAUAGUACGAGAAACGAUUGUCCAUCAUCCCCCAAGCAGCACCUCCAUUGCACUUCCUGUGAUUCUAUUACACAGAACUCAUCUGUGCAUGAGUUGUCGUUUGCAGAAAUUCUUACUCCAGGAAAAAAUGAUAAAGCACCUAUGUCACCAAAAGCCAAGAUUUAUGACAUUUGUGAACAGACAAAUUUCAUUCCAUUCAACAAAUGUAUUCCAAACAGUGUGAUGAAGACCAUAACAAAAAUAGGAGAGGGUGUUUUUGGUGAGGUUUUUCGGGCAACCAGGGAUGGACAGUCUGUUGCAAUUAAGAUCGUGCCAAUUGAAGGUAACCAAGAAGUUAAUGAUGAACCUCAAAAGAAUUUUGGAGAGAUUUUAUCAGAAGUGGUGAUAUCAAGAGAGCUGAGUAAUCUGAGGAAGAAUCCAACAAACACAACAGAAAACUUCUGUGAGGUUAAAUGUGUUUCCUGUGUGCAAGGCUCGUACCCAGCUCAUCUGCUGAAACAGUGGGAUGCAUUUGACAAAGCCAAGAAAUCCGAAAAUGACAGACCAGAUAUUUUUCCUGAUGAUCAACUGUUCAUGGUGUUUGAGUUUGCGGAUGGUGGACGUGAUCUUGAGUCAUUCCAAUUUGACAACCCAUUCCAGGCUAAGAGUGUCCUGCAGCAGGUGUGCAUGUCGCUAGCCGUAGCCGAGGACAGUCUUGAGUUCGAACAUAGAGACCUGCAUAUCGGCAACGUGCUGGUGUGUGAGGUGGAUCAUCCGACUGUCACCUGCAGGCUGUGUGACAAGCACUUCGAGAUUCAGAGUCAUGGGGUCCAUGUCAGUAUCAUAGACUUCACACUGUCCAGGCUAAGGAAGGAUGGAUGUAUUGUGUUCUGUGAUUUGGCUAAAGAUGACAGUCUGUAUGAAGGCACAGGCGACUAUCAGUUUGACAUCUAUAGGAAGAUGAAGGAAGAAAAUAACAACAUCUGGAAACCUUUCAACAGUCAUAGCAACGUGUUAUGGAUUCACUACCUCUGUGAUAAAAUUCUGAGACGGAAGAAGUACAAACGCAAUGGUCGCGAAGACCGGAAUACACUGCGGGACUUGAGACUGUUUUUCAACCAGGCUUUAAAAUACGACAGUGCCAAGCAUAUACUGUUGGAAAGCAACUUGUUUCAGACUUGAAGAUUGGGUGUGUGCAUGAAAAUUGAAAACAUUGAGAAUACUGUUUGGCGAAGGGGAAGAAAAAAUGUGUCAGGAGUGAUUCUGAUUAUGUAUUUCAACUUGAAUCUGUAGCCUGAAGUAUUAGAAGACCAGCAGGCCAUUUUGUGGUGCCAUAUGUUACUUAAAGCCAGUGUUCGCAGUGUGUAAAUCACACAUGGAGAAAUGUUUUACUACCCUUUAAAGGCAUCAAAACAAGUCGAGAACGGUUGGUCAGGUCACCAGGAGGUUACCACUAGAGCCUCCACAAGUGUAAAAAUACUCUAGUGUCAAACUCGACCCAGACCCGAGUACCCAACACUUACAUUAGAUGAUAAGACUAAGGAAUAAAGUAAAAUAGCAUUAUGUAUCUUAUUUCCAGCGCUAAAUAUGGAUGCCAAAUCAUGCCAUUGUAUUGCAUACCAUACAUUCGACUUUUGAUUUCCCUCCAUGUCUCAUUGCCCUAUAAUGUAACUGGCGGCAAGCAUGUGGCAAAAUGACAUCAUAUUUUUUAUUUAAAUGACUCUGUUCUUCCUUGCAUGGGUAAUCAACUCUUGUGAACAGACUCGAGUUUUGCUGGUUUUGGCCCAUGCCUGAGUACUCGUGGAAACCCCUUAAAAAAAAUUGAGAAUAGUACUUUGUUGUCUACAAAACAUAUUUAAAUAAAAACUUCACCCCUCUAUUUUGAUCAUUUAAAUGUUGUUCAAAUACAAGAAAUGCAAGUAUCAGCACAUUGAGAACACUGAUACAAAUGAAUAACAAAAUAUCAGUAUGUUUAUGUGAAGGGACUUUUAGAGGAAAUAUACCAGGCCUGAAUUUUGUGGUCACCUGUAUAUGGGUUACAGGAUACACAGCUUAUUUUGAUGCCUACUUUACUUAAAUUUCACUUGUUAAGGGUCACAACUGAUUCACAAUUAUUUAUUAUUUUUAGUGAAAGUCAUUCUGACAUUUCUGGGAAAUUCACAUUCCCUCAUUUGGACGAGAAAGAUAAAAUGCUUCGAGUAAGCAAUGUAUGUGUCUGUGCCAAAGUGAAACCUGUGAUGAAUGAAGAUGCUGUGCUGAAUGUAGAUGGUGAUGAUUAGGUAUGCAAGGUAGAUAACUGAGUGUGUGUUAAUGUAAAAAGAAAAUCUCUGAAAGUGAGUGAUCAUUUGAUUGCAUCUAUGAAUGUUGAUCACAGUACACCAAAAUAUUUAUGGUAGGCGAGACAUUUAAUUCACAGAAUUCUUGUACUUAAUCUAUAUUUUAUUUGUGCUUUAAAUUUAGGACAUCAUUGAAAUGGACAUAAUAGGUUAUGCAAUUUUUUAAAAAUCUAAUACACCUGAAAUUAAGAAUGAAAAGUAAAUUUGGGGCAUCAUGAUUUAUGUAAUGCACAUUGCUGUACUGGUUAAAAACGGGGGCCUAAUUCACAAAGGUCUCUUAGGCUCUGCUAGACAACAAAGCAUCCUCUCUGCAAGUCUCUUAGCAUCUGCAUAUACCAAGGAAUAUAAGUUGUAAACAAGCCUAUGACUUGUGAUAUGUUUUGUGUGAUCCAUAAUUUGGACAGGCUAUAUAUUUUAAUUAAUGUACAGUUUGUACAGGCUCUAGCUUUAUUCACUUCGCUUCAUCUACCACUUUGACGGUCUCAACCACAAUCCUUACCACUAAAUGCCAAUCAUACAAGAAAGGGUUAUUAACCAUUUCAGAGGGAAUAUUGAGUUUUUGCUUUGAAUAAAUACUGUUGCCAGUCAUUUCAAGCCAUGCAGUGUGGUUAGUUGAUUGCUCACUAUUUAACUAACCAAUUUAUUACCAGUAAUCAGAUUUUGGAUUUGGUGAUUUAGUAAAACUGAUACAGAGUUACUUCCCUUUUAUAUCCAUGAUACAAAUAUAUAUUGGUGUAAACCUUUUUUCUGCACAUAUUUUUCCCCUCACCCCCUCCUCCAUAAUUAAAGGUAUACUAGUUCAUGACUGGAUUGGAUGGAUGGAUGUGUGUGUGUGUGUGUGUGUGUGUGUAUUUGUGUGUGUGUGUGUGUGUGUGUGAAAAUAUAUGUACUUCUUUAGACGUCUAUUUAAACUAACAUAAUUCCAUAUACUAGUUUUACCUGUGAGAUCAUUUCAUGCAUGAGUUCAUACCAAUAAAUUAAAUACAUCCA